ACAUCCUGGAUAGCUUUAAUUACAAACUCUCUCUUUUUAUAUAUCUCUCUCUCUCUCCUUUACCUAAUUUCCACUUUUGCUACAUAUAAUUGUGCUUCUGGCUUCUUGUUAAUCCAUCUCAUAUGUUUAUCUAGGGUUUACUUUGCUUUUGUAUCUAAACAAGAUUUCAUCCAAGUUAUCAAUGGCUGCCUCUUAGCUAUAAUAAUAGCUAACCAUUGGAAUUCAGGGAAUCUAUGCAUACAGCCAGCAGCACAUUAAUAUAUGGCUUCUUCCACCCACCCUUGUGCUCCUUGUGCUGCCUGCAAGUUCUUAAGAAGAAAAUGCAUCCAAGGAUGUGUGUUUUCCCCAUAUUUUCCACCCGAAGAUCCAACCAAAUUCGCAAAUGUCCACAAAAUAUUUGGGGCAAGCAACGUCAGUAAACUCCUCAAUGAAAUUGCACCUCAUCAAAGAGAAGAUGCGGUCAAUUCUCUAGCCUAUGAAGCCGAAGCACGUCUAAAAGAUCCCGUUUAUGGUUGUGUUGGUGCAAUUUCUGUACUCCAAAGACAAGUUCUUCGACUACAAAAAGAACUAGAUGCAACAAAUGCAGAUCUUAUUCGGUUUUCAAGUCAUCAAAAUAUAUUAACGCCAUCAUCGCAAAGUUCAGGGAGUUCUGUACAAAACGCUCAUGUGUUGCCUCCUAAUUAUGGUUCUUAUUCAUGGAAUUAUAACGCUUAAAGGAAGAAGAUCGUGGUAGGUGAAAUUGUAUGUGAAUAUAUGCAAAUGAUCGAAAUCCUUUUUUAAUAAUUGUGUUAAUUAAUAAUAUUAUAUUAUGUUUGUACCCUAAAAAUCGCUUUGUUGAAUUCUUUAGAUAUUACAUAAUGUAAGUAUUUGAGUUGCCAUCUA